CUUCCGGGAAAAUGGCUACUCCCGCUCGUGCUCCGGAGUCGCCGCCGGCCGCGGAUCUGGCGCCAGCGGUGGGGUCUGCGGAGGACGCCGACUGCCCGCCGCCUCGUCAGCCUCAGCCCCCGCAGAAUGUCCUCGCUGCCCCGCGGCUUCGAGCCCCAAGCUCCCGAGGACUUGGGGCAGCGGAGUUUGGCGGAGCUGCGGGAGAUGUUGAAGCGCCAGGAGAGACUUUUGCGCAACGAAAAAUUCAUCUGCAAAUUGCCCGACAAAGGUAAAAAGAUCUCAGGCACUGUUGCCAAACUGAAAGCUGCCAUUGCAGAACGUGAAGAGGUUAGAGGAAAAAGUGAACUGUUGCGUCCUGUUAGUUUAGACUGUAAGCUAAAGCAAAAAGCAAUUGCAGGAGUUGAUGUGGACAUAAAGAAGGCACAGAAUUCUGACCAGAUACUUGAUACUUCAUCACUAGUUCCUGGCCGUUCCUCUGUAGAUAACAUCAAGUCAUCUAAAACAACCUCAGAAAAACAGGGACUUGUGCAUCCAGCUUACAAAAGCAAUGAAGAGAUUCCAGAGACUGAGUACACAGUGAAUAAGUGCCCAGCUUCUAGCAGCAGAGCCAGGGCACCUGGAGCUAGAGGCCAUCUCCCCCAGCAUUUUAUUUCAAGUCAAGCAGAAGAUAUUUCCAGCAACUUUGACAACCUGUUUGUUGACAAGUUACAAAGGAUCACAAUUGCAGACCAAGGUGAACACUUAGAAGAAAACACAAGUGCUGAGAACUUGAUAGGCCUUUGUAGUGGGACUCCUAAGAAACCUCAUUACAUAGAAGUGCUAGAAAUGCGAGCCAAAAACCCAGUGCUCCCACCACACAAAUUUAAAACCAAUGUGUUGCCAUCACAACAGGAUGACUUGCCUAGUCAUUGUCCAAGGGGAGAGUCCCCUGUUUCCUCAGAUGAGCGACGGCGCAGGGAUAAGCAGCAUCUUGAUGACAUCACAGCAGCGCGGCUCCUGCCGCUUCACCAUCUGCCUACGCAGCUGCUCUCCAUAGAGGAGUCUUUAGCACUUCAGAUACAGCAGAAACAGAAUUAUGAGGAGAUGCAAGCGAAGCUCGCAGCACAAAAGUUAUCUGAAAGACUUAAUAUUAAAAUGCAGAGUUAUAAUCCAGAAGGAGAGUCUUCAGGGAAGUACCAGGAAGCAAGGGAUGAAGAUGAUUCCCAGUCCUCUGACGAGGAGUUCUGAAGACGUCAUUGGGAGCCUCCCGUCUCCGUCUCCCACUGCUGAGAUGUCAUUAGCUCACAUCAGACUUCCUACCAAGUAUCAAGAUCAGUGUCAGACACUGUUGAAGGAAAAAUUGUAAAGUUACACAAAGGUAGCUACAGCAAAAGCUGAGCUGGUUUUUCAGAAGAUGAUCUUUAUGUGCUUGGAUAGUUUAAUACUGAAUACUGACCACAUCAUAUUAAGGUUUUGCAGUGUGUCGUGCAUUGGUCUGAAAUCUUAGUAUGUAGUAGAGUACAUUUUUUUCCUUUAAGUCAAAUGAAAGCAGAUUACUGUGCUUUUUCCUUAUUCUUACCUCUGUCAGGUAGCAUUUAUCACCUGCCUUUCAGUGAAAUACUUAGCUGUCCCAGGUCCCGAAAAUGAAUUGGGAAGUCAUAAUUUGCUCGUUUUUUGAGAAGUGAAGGGAGCAGUUGAGUAUGCAUGCUUGUAUGGAGUUACUGAGAUGUUGGAUGUGAAUACCUCAGAAGAUGUUGAGAAAACACUCAACAAAUGAGCAUUUCCUUCUCCUACCUUCCCUUAGGAAGACUGUUACCUUUCUUCUGAUUAGGAAUAAGGAGAACUUUGAGAAGGUGCUGGAGGGUGGAGGUUUUUCUAGAUGACCAGACUUGGCUGGAGUAACUCAAAGGAUAGGAUAUGUCCAAGUAGACUGAUCUGGGUAAAAGGAGGAGCUGUUCUGUGUCACCUGACUUGAGUUCAUUGCCCUGACAGACCAUAGGUGCUUGCACAGGACACUCACAUGUGGUAAGAAGAGCAGUUUUCUCUUUAAAGUUAAAAUCGAGUUGUCAGUACAUGGCUUUUAUUCCCCCAAAGAGGCAUUUACAGGCUGCCGAAGUUUCAUUCUCACAUGUGUACACGUCAUGUCAUUGUAAAUUACAUUGUCUUCAGGUAAAUUAACACUUCUGUUAUCAAAAAAUUCUUUGUCUAAUAUGUGGAACCUUAAAAAUAUUAAAAGAAAAAAUAAAAUAUUAAUUAGAGCAACUUCAAAUACUAAUUGUGAUACUUUGUUGGCAUUUAGCUAAAUUGAACACAUUUAGGUUAGAUGUACAUGUAAAAGGGCUCCAUGCUGCAUUGUGGACUUUGAAGAAUUUCCAUAUUCUCCCUCACCUAAAAAAGGGAAAUAUUAAAAAGUAUACUGAGCUACUAGUUUUUUCUUUCAUUUGAAAAACUAAUAGAUGCUAUCAAAACAAAAUUAUUUGAAGUUAUUUCUCUGUAGAACGAAAUAACAUUUCUGGAAAGCAGGUGAUGUGGAAGGGCUCAUGUAAACUUGAGUCAGACGAUCUCUUAACAUUGGAGAGUUCAUAUUCUUUUUUUAUGCAGUCAGGCUUAUCUUGUUUCAGAGUCUGCCCUGUGUAUUGAAAAACUUUCCCAUUUAAAUGUGGAAGUAUUUAAGAAAACUGCAGGAUGUUUCAUGGUAUACCAUAACUUUCAAACAAGCACAUAUUUAACAAUUUAUUGUAAAAUAAAACAGUGGGGUGAUCAACACCUUAAAAGAUA